CAUUGCAACCAUCUCCAAAUUAAUCAUCCUCUCUCUGGUCCAGAUAUUGUUGGAGAUCAGGAAGAAGAAGAGCCUCUCUUUCUUCUUUCUAGUCUUGUGUUGAAUGUUCAAAGCCUAGGAGGGGUACCUAAAUUAAUCCCUCUUUUUUCUUUGCAUGUCCAAUGAAUGCUCCUCCUCCUCAACAACAAUAUGUCAUGCUACAGCAGGGGAGCAAUCAAUCACAACCCCCUUUCCGUCGCAGCAUCCCACCCUACAACCACCCCAGCCACCGUAGGAAAGGCAGCUGUUGCCUCAGGUGCAUUUGCUUCUGCUUCUGCUUCAUCUUCGUCUUGAUCCUAAUCCUCUUUGGUGCUAUUUUCUAUUUCUACAAUGUCUACGCACCCAAAAUGCCCAUCUACCAAGUCGAAGACCUCAAUGUCAAAUCCUUCAAUUUUGUCCACACUGACUCAACCGUCAACACCGAGUUUCUUGUUACUGUCAAGGCCGAGAAUCCUAACAAGAACAUAGAAUUCGUUUAUGGCGAAAACAGCUCCGUGGUCGUGUCCUACACCGACAAUGCACUUUGCUCCGGGAAGCUACCGGAUUUUCGCCAAGGCCAUAUGAACACAACAUUGAUGAAAGUGACAUUGACGGGGAAGUCUAAGUUGGGGCCAGGGAUGCAGGAGGCACUCAUGAAGACCAGAGAUGGCGGGAGCAUUCCAUUGCUUGUGAGGGUACAGGUGCCUAUAAAAGUCAUCUUUGGGGAAUUCCCACUCAGACAAUUCAUGGUUUAUGCUAAUUGUUCUUUGGUUGUCCAGAACUUGGCACCCAAUCAGAAGACUAAAAUUUUAAAUAGUAAAUAUAGCUUUGAUUUUUCGUUUUGAUCCACACCAAACACAUGUACUUUCAAUCUCUCUAGUACUUUAAUUACUUUUCCGAGAGAACAAAUCAGGUACUUCAUUGCAAUAUGUUACUACUUUGUACCUACUAUAUAUUCCAAUUGUUUUACAAGGAUUUUUUGUACCGGGAAUUAUAUAAAUAUGUGCAGGCCGUGUAGCUUGCGUAAUGUAAAUUAUGUAAAUGUAGGUUUCU